AUGGGUUAUAGUCCAACUUCUGCUUAUGUCAGCGCCUAUCUGGACAUAUUUGACUGGAAAUUCCUCUUUUUGCUGGUGCAAAUGACCAUCAGUGGGAUACCCAUCUACACUGGCAUCUUGCUAGUAAGAAAAAAAAUUAUCACAACAAUACAGUCUACAAAAGCAAUGUCGGAGAAGAGUCGACGUACGCAUUCACGACUCUUCAAGGCAAUCACCUACCAAGCUUGCUUGCCCCUAUGCGGCCUUACCACCUUGAUAUUUCAUAUACUCGGAAGCUUCAUAACUUUAAAGUAUCCGCUGUGCCAGUAUGGAUAUUCAAUCAUGGGCCUGGUUCCGGUGCUGAGCCCAUUACUGACUAUUUACUUCGUUGAACCAUACAGGAACUGGGGCUAUGAAUGA